AACCACAACAACAGGAGGUAAACGUGGUGAUUUCCACUGGCCCGAGACAUUCCAACAUGACACAGCUACACUGGAUUGCCCAGUCGCAUUGGAGGAUGACCUUGUACGCUAUGCUACAAGACACUGCGCUGAGGUUCCCAGGAAGCAUAAUCCCGGUUUGGCAAUGGCUGAAUGGGCCGCUCCGAAUAUAACAGCUUGCCCCACGCCAAGUACCGCUGCCUUGCAGCAACUGUCAAAGGUGGAAUUUAAUACCAGUCUGCCCGAGAAUGUUCUUAGCACUUCCAUAACAGUAGCAAGCCUGACCAACAAUACGGAGGAGUUGACAACCGAUGCUGUGGACUUUGCCUCCACGGCCAUAUUCAACCUUGUUGCAGCAGUCAGCAAAGAUGAAGUGCUCAACCAAACUGUCGGGAAGGAGAUUGUGCAGAGUACCUUGAAGACGCUGGAUAACAUUCUCAGUGUGAACAGUGAUGCCAAGGUCGUGAUGUCAGCACCGGCAAAACGACCUGCAAAGUCCAUGGAACGACUUGUAUCUACUGUUACAGUUGAGGUGAAUGAACCUUUCCAGGAGCAGCAGGAGAAUAUUGCAUUUGCUGUUAGCUGCCCUGUGAAUAGCUUCUCAACCCAAGCAUUCCGCUCCAAGUCCCCCGGAGGGUUUUUCCUGGGGGAGACGAAUGCAUCCGCAACGAUGACAAGGUUUGGCGUUGCAUUUGACAUCUCUGGCUACACAAUCCAGACAGCAACUGAGCGUCUGUCUCUCUCAAAUGAUUCCCUGUGUAAUAUUGCCCCAACUCGCUUCAUCCUCUACAAGACGCAAACCUUAUUCCAGGAUGGAAAUUUGUCAGCCAACACAUCAGUAGCUACGGAGAUCAUUUCAGCUCAGGCUGGCGACUCGCAACUCAGUGACCUUCAAAGGCCAGUUGUAAUGUCAUUUGAUAUUCUCACUGAAUCGUCUGUGGAUGAAAAGGUUAAUGUGACUUGCGUCUACUGGAACUUUGAUCAAAAUAAUGGAAACGGUGGCUGGGAUGAACGCGGAUGCACACGGGUCUACGGUGGUGUGUCAGCAAACCGGACAGUUUGCUCCUGAAACCACCUGACCAACUUUGCUGUUCUAUUCACGCGUAGUGCCAUUGAUGAGGUCAAAGACGUUCCUCACGUAGUGCUCCAAUACGUUUCACUGGUGGGCUGUGGACUCUCUAUGUUAGGACUGCUCGGCAACGUCAUCCUCAUCACGCUUGUACCAAAGCUUCGUAGUCAUCUUCAUCAUCGCAUCCUCUUCGGAUUCAGCAUCACCCUUCUCAUCUUCCUGACUCUCUUCACCGUUAUGAUAUUUUAUGAUAACUUGGAGAAGAGUGUGAUAGCCUGCAAGUCCAUAGCCAUCAUGCUACACUAUCUACUCCUGUGUGCUUUCAUGUGCAUGUCAGUGGAUGCGACUUUCCUGUACAAACAAGUCGUAAUCGUCUUUGAUGAUAGAGGCGACCGACAGAGGAAACUUAUUCUUUCUUCUGUUUUCGUACUUCCUAUGGUAGUGGUUAGUAUCAUGGCUGGAGCUACAAAUGCGGAAGCAUAUGGAAUGGGAAAUCG